AUGGCUCCUCGCCUGGCCGCCUCCAAUUUUUCUUUGCCACUGCCGACAUGGGCGCAGCCGGUCAGUACUCGCUCUGAACACUAUGAUCGAAAGCGAAAGAAGAGCAACGAUUGGACCGAUGAGACGGAAGGAGACACAACAGAUGCUGCCUCGGUGACGGACUCGGCAGCUCCCGAUCCGCCUCUGAUCCUGACUCCCAACGAGUCCCAUCAAUAUCGAAUCGCCGGGCUUUCUUCCAACCAGGAAUUGCCCAGCGGUAAUUUUCCCCAUGCGCCUGGGUACGAGAAGGACUAUAUUUUCACGAGACGAAAUUUGCCAGGUCAACUUCUCCGAAGUCUACCUUACUUAGAUGUCCCUCUCUAUCCUCCUCAGUCCGCGGCACUUCAAGGCAACGUUCGCCUUCAGCAUUUGUCUGCAUUAACUGCCGUUUUACAUCGGUCUUUGCUUCAAGGGGAUUAUACUCGAGCUGGAAGAGCAUGGGGGCUCUUAUUACGAGACGGGAUUCGAGGAAUGCCCUUGGACAUACGGGCCCAAGGCAGGUGGGGAAUUGGCGCUGAGAUUUUGCUGCGCCAAGGCCAAUCAGAACCUCUGGAGAAUGCUGAUGAACGCCCGCCUAAUGCUCUUGGUGACCACAAUUCUACUUUGCCGUUUACCAAAAAAGGAUUCGCAGAGGCAAAGGAGUAUUAUGAAAGGCUCAUCCUCAAUCAUCCCUUUUCAAAACCUCAUCCAAACUCUAUCUCUGCUUUGCAUUUCUACCCCGCCAUGUUUGGUCUAUGGAUUUAUGUCACGCAGGAAGAGAGCAAGUUAACAAGGAAAAAUGUGCUUGAGCGUGACCUGUCCGUCGAGGAGCCUUCGGACGCGGAAGACUCGGAAAGUGAUAUGGAACGCCGGGAGGCGGCCAAAAGAUAUGCCAUUAUUGCAGCUGUCAGGGCGAAAGAACUAGAGCAAGCGCAACAAAUUGCCACCCGCAUGGAUGCACUUCUCGGGUCCCCUCCGUAUGCCGACUCUCCGCAAUUACUGGAACUUCGAGGCAUGGUGUCUCUUUGGAUUGGGGAUUUGAUUGUGUCCUCGUUGCCAACACUCAUCGAGGCCUCGGUCGAUAACAUCGAUGAACGGUCCAACGCCAGCGCUCCUGGCUCUUCAGGGGCAAUGCAUGCACAGAAGCUUGCGAUGGAGCAGAAGCAAGCAGAAGUAGAGAAGGCGAAGGAGUUUUUGGAGAAAGCGAAAGACCGAGGAAGGGAUGUUGCAUACAAUCUGGAGCACUUCCAUAUUCACGAAUCAUCACUUUCUCCUUCUCCCUCUCCGCCUCCCUCUCCCAUUGACUUGGUGGAUGCUCCUUCGCCCACUCACUUGUCUAGCAACUCGCCGGAUGCUCCUUCUGUUGACGCUAGGGGUGAAUUCUCGCCCGCUGACUUGAUGGAUGAUGGAGAAUAA